AUGGUCGACCUAUCUCACAAAGGCCACAAAUUGGAUCUCAACGCUCUCAAAUCCUCUGUGUGUCGUAAGUACAGCCUCUCACGCGCCCCCAAACUAGUGGAGAUGAUCUCCGUUUUACCUGACUCUGAACGAGAGGUUCUCCUUCCUAAACUCCGAUCCAAAUUUGGAAUAGCCGCCAUCGUCGUCAUGUCGAAGCCUCACAAGUGUCCUCACAUUGCCACCGCUGGUAACAUUUGUGUCUACAGCCCUGGUGGUCCUCACUCGAAUUUUGAAUACAAUACUCAGUCUUAUACGGAUUAUGAACCUACCAGUAUGUACGCAAUUCGAGCAAGUUCAAACUCUGAAGCAUCGGAAUCAUGCAAUAUUAAGCCCUUUAAACGCCCUAGAAAGAAAAUGGUCAGACAUUCUCAGAUUCACGAAAUAGAGGAAAUGGAACCACAGAUUAUUUGGCACACUAUUCGUUUAGAUUAUAAAAACAUAUGA